AUGCGAAUAGAUGAUAGAUGGAAAAAAGAAAAAGGCAUCUCUAAACAACAAAAGUUAGGAAAAAGAGCCAAAUUGCAGAAUAAAAAGAAGAUUAGUGAGAAAAGAAGAAGAGAAAAGACAGAAGUACAAAAAAGCUCUGAUCAGAAGAGUAGAAAACUGCCUAACUCUAAAGAAGCCAUAGUACAAAAGGUUAAAGAUAGGAGGAAAAAUAUAAAUAGAAGAAUAGAUGCUUUGGUAGGGAAGACAAUUUGGAAUAGAAUUAGAUAG